CCCCGCCUGAGACCCGGGUGACCAGAGAGGAGAAAGGGUGCUACAGAGUGUGGUGCUUUCGGCGCACGGCAACCAACACAUCCACCCAUCCAUCAUCGCUCGCUCGCAGCUCGAACAACUAUCUAUACAUACCGCGCUCCAUCCUUGGAGGUAGAUACGCAAUUGCCAACCCCCCCCCUCCCUUCUUCUAUCCCGGAACAGUACGCCCGGCAUGGCGUCGCAGCAGCAAGGCCCGCCGCCACCACCCGCUCAAGUGCAGGCACAGGCACAAGCAAGGACGGCUCCCAUGCAGGGCCAGAUCAGGCCGCCUCCAAGGCCCGGCUUUCCAGGUCAACCGCUGCCAUCCGGUACUCCUUCCAUGGCGCGAGCACCAUCCGCCGGCCCACCUGGGCAGCCAGGCAUGCAGGCUCAAGGGCGACCGCUGUCUGCGCGCCCGCCGUUCCAGCAGCAGCAGCAGCCUGCUGCGCAGGGACCAGAGCAUCCCGUCCGCAAUGGCAACCUAAACCCACAGCCUGGGAUGGUGGCCCAAGCACAGCACCUGAUGCAAACGCAGCCCGGCUUCCCUGCUCAACUAGGCGGCGCAAGGCCGCCGCCACCGGCAGGAUUCCAGCCGCCUGGUGCGCGUCCGAGCCCCCAGGCCGGUUUCCAGCCUGGAGUGACGAGGCCCGGUCAGGCGCCCACGCCGCAGCCACAGCAUCAACAGCAGCAGCAACAACAGCAACAGCAGAGCUUGCAGCCAGGUGGAGGUAUGCCAAGGGGCCAUGCGCCUAUGCAGAGCAUCGACCUGGGGAUGGCAGGGAUGGACCUCAACGCCGCCCCGGGCGGUCCUGGCGGGAUGGAUGGAGGCAUGCAAGGUGGCGCGGCUGGACCGCCAAAGACGAAACGCAGCGCGCGUGCAUACCACACCGACGCGGCGCCCGACCCAUACGCCGGCGUGCAGGGAGGCCCUGGUUAUCCACAGCAGCCGCAAGGACUUCAGCAGCAGCAACCGCAGCCCAACUGGCAAAAAGAAGCGGCCGCGCGCGCUGCGGCGUCGGGUGCAGAGGCGUACCUCGGCGGAGAGGGCGAUGCGGCGCUCGACCAGAUUCCCGGGCAGCGGAACACUAUCUCGCCACAGCAGGCGUCGUUUAACCAAGCGCGGAUGUAUGCGCAGCAGCAUGCAGGUCAGCAGCAGCAGCCGUACGGAAUGGGCCAGCAGCCACUGCAACAGCAGCGACCAGGCAUUAGUGGUCCAGGCGCAGGUGCAGGCGGGAACAGACCGAAGAUAGAGCCGGACCAGAUCCCCGCGCCGGUUGAGGCGCAGGACCAAGACCAGGAGUUCUUCGACCGCGAGUGGUUUGCCACGUGCGGCCGCGGGGGGCUGCCACUCUCGACGACCGACUACGCGGCGGUGGACCAGGGAAACUCGAACCCAAAGUAUAUGCGUCUCUCGACGUACAGCCUACCCGCGACAGAUGAGCUGGCCGCCGCGUCACAGCUGCCGAUUGCGCUCGUCGUGCAGCCGCUAGCGCAGCUGCGCGCAGACGAGGGAGCCGUCCCGCUCGUCGCGUGCCCUGAGUCGGGCCCGCCGCGCUGCAAAAAGUGCCGCGCGUACAUUAACCCGUGGUUUGUGUUCAUUGAGGGCGGACAAAAGUACCUGUGCAACCUCUGCGGCGCCGCAACCGAGUGCCCGCCAGACUACUUUUGCAACCUCGACAUGAGCGGCCGCCGCGUCGACUUUGACAUGCGCGACGAACUCAAGUUCGGCACCGUCGAGUUCGAAGUGCCCAAAGAGUACUGGGCCAUUCAGGCCAAGCCGCCUCACUCGGCACUGCUCCCCGUUGCACCGGCAUCGAGCAUUACGGAGACAGCGCGCCUGACGCCCAAGCCGCCGCACGAGCUGGGUGCUUCCGGGGGCGCAGCGCAGUCAGCAGCAGCAGCAGCAGCAGCGCCCAACACACCGCUCUCGGCCAGUUUCACCGGCAGCACGCUUGGCAUGUCCGGCAACCCGGGCGCCGCGGCGAAGCUUGCAACGAAAGCGGCGUCCGACGCGCUGAGCAACAUCAACUCCUUCGCGCUCAGCGGGCCCGGCGGCGCCGGCGGCAGAACCAUCGUGCGCGCCCCACGGCCCAUGACGUACCUGUUCGCCAUCGACGUCAGCUUCAGCGCUGUGCGCAGCGGCAUGCUCAAAGCGGUCAUCGACAGCAUCCAUGAGUGCCUCUACGGCAGCGCUGCGCAGCAGAACGGCGAUGCAGAGCAUGCCGAUGGCGACGGCGCUGGCUCAGGCUUCGGACUGCCGCACGGCAGCAGAGUCGCCUUCGUCACCUUUGACCGCUCGCUGCACUUUUGGAACCUGCAAGCGAGCCUUGACCAGGCGCAGAUGCUCGUCGUCGGCGACAUUGAUGAGCCUUUCGUCCCGCUGAGCGAGGGCUUGCUGGCCGACCCGUGGGAGAGCAAGAGCCUCGUUGAGGGCUUGCUCGACACACUCCCGGACAUCUUUGCCGACAACAUGGUAGCCGAGGCCGCCGUCGGAUCCGCUGUGCGCGGCGCCCAGGCGGCGCUUAGCACGCUCGGCGGACACGUAUCCAUCUUCCUCUCCACCAUCCCCACCAUCGGCCCCGGCGCGCUCAAGCAUCGCGAGGACCCCAAGCUGUAUGCGACUGACAAGGAGAAGACGCUGUUUGUUGCGCAAGAUUCGUUCUACAGGACCGCAGGGGAGGAGUGCACAGAGGCAGGCAUCGGCGUCGACGUCUUCUUCUUCCCGAGCCAGUACAUUGACGUAGCCACCAUCGGCGCGCUUCCUGGCUUGACCGGUGGCGACGUCUUCUUCCACCCGCGCUUUGACCCGUUGCGCGACAGCGUCCGCCUGCGCUCGCAGAUCAAGCGCACGCUCCUGCGCGAGACCGGCUUUAAUGCGACGCUGCGCAUACGUGCGUCAAACGGCCUGCGCGUGCACGAGCACGUCGGCAACUUCUUGCAGCGCAACGUUACCGACCUCGAGAUGGGAUCGAUCGACUCGGACAAGGCGUUCGCGUGCCUGAUCAAGCAUGACGGAAAGCUAGAUGAGAAGCAGGAGGCCCACUUCCAGUGUGCCAUCCUGUAUACCACCGCCGAUGGCGCGCGCAGGGUCAGGUGCCACAAUCUGGCUGUCCCCGUCACGCAGCUCCUCGGAAACGUCUUCCGCUACGCCGACAUGGACGCCACCGUCGCGUACUACACCAAGGAGGCUGUAUCUCUCGCGCUGACCAAGCCUCUUAAGGAGGUGCGGCAUUUCCUGACGAGCAAGUGCGUCAAGAUCCUCCUCGCGUACCGGAGGAACUGCGCCUCCUCCACCAGCCCCGGUCAGCUUAUCCUACCCGAGUCGUUCAAGCUGUUCCCGCUGUACACGCUCGCCAUGAACAAGACCAAGGCGAUCAAGGGCGGCAAUGUGACCUCGGAUGUACGCACAGUGUACAUGCGAAACUUGCGCAGCUGGAGCGUCGGCAACAUCAUGGCGAGCUUGUACCCGCGCAUGAUCGCACUGCACCGCAUGGCCGAGACGGAUGGGUUCCCAGUCAAGGUCCAGGACGUCGACGGGGCCGAGCAUGACGGGCAGCGCAUCCGCUCGCCGCCGCUGAUGCGUCCGAGCUACAUGCGGAUGGAAACGCACGGCGCGUACCUCGUCGAUAACAGCGAGAUGUGCAUCAUCUGGAUCGGCGGAGAGGUCAAUCCGAAACUGCUCGAGGACUUGUACGGCGUCGACAGUCUGGACGCGAUCGACCCAAGGAUGACGACCCUGCCAAAAUUGCAGACCAGGCUGUCACAGCAGGUCCGCAACCUUGUUGCCGGCUUUGCACGGCAACGCGGCAAGCCGGACAUGCCUGUUCUCAUCGCACGACAGGGACGCGACGGAACCGAGAUUGAAUUGGCUAACAAUCUAGUCGAAGAUCAAAACAACGAUGCGAUGUCUUACGUGGAUUACCUGUGCCAUGUGCACCGAAUCAUCACGGCAGAAAUGUCGGGCACCGGCUCGAAGGACGAGGAGGGUAGCUCGAUCUGGAAAGGGUGGUAAGCUCUACGCGGGAGAGCCGUCGCAAGCCCUUUCACGUCUGCCCGACGAAAAGAGUGCUGGGGAUGCAUUUCACAAGCGAUCAUUCCUUCACCCCCACAACAGCACAGGUGUAUAUAAAAUGACAAUGCCAAUACCAAGCAUGCAAUGGAG